CAAAUUCGUAAAACAUUAUGGGUUAAAUUGUAAUUUGAUAAUAUUCAAACUGUACGUGCUAGGCGCUUCCCUUUUAGGAAACGAAGACGACGUUCCGUUGAAUCAGAAUUGAGGACUUUCCACCCGCCGACGGAAGUCAAAGGUCGUCGGCAUUUGAUCGCCGGACUUUGUGAACUAAUACAAGUAGUAGUUUUUUUCCCCCAGCGAUUCCAAUCAAAAUGAAGAGCAGAGGGAAAUCAGUCAUCGGAGGAUGGUGGAACCUAGGCUUACCUUCCGUAUUUCUAUUAUGUCUCUUCUUCUUCCUCCUCGGAUUAUUUGCUUCUGUUCUCUUCUCUCAGCAGGAUGUACCUAAUGUAAGGUCGAGGGUGCUUGAAUCUGUUGAUCUGGAGAAGGACUUUGAUCCCUUGCCUACCGGUGUGUCUGGAGAUGAUUCCUUCACUUCCAUCCCCUUUCAGGUUUUAAGCUGGUUCCCUCGUGCAUUAUACUUUCCCAAUUUUGCGUCUAUAGAACAAUGCCAGAGCAUAAUUAAGAUAGCAAAGACAAGUUUGGAACCAUCAUCAUUGGCUCUUCGCAAAGGAGAAACAGAAGAGACCACCAAAGGAAUUAGAACGAGUUCUGGCACGUUUAUAAGUGCAUCAGAAGACAAAACUGGAAUCUUGGAUCUUAUUGAGGAGAAAAUUGCAAGAGCGACAAUGAUCCCCAAGACACAUGGUGAGGCAUUUAAUGUUUUGCGGUAUGAAAUUGGGCAAAGAUAUCAGUCACAUUAUGAUGCUUUCGAUCCUGCUCAAUAUGGCCCUCAGAAGAGCCAAAGGGUUGCAUCCUUCUUAUUAUAUUUAUCUGAUGUUGAAGAAGGUGGGGAAACUGUGUUCCCUUUUGAGAGCGCGCAGAAUAUGGAUGGUACCUAUGAUUACAGCAAGUGUAUUGGUUUGAAAGUGAAGCCACGCAGAGGGGAUGGACUUCUAUUCUACUCACUGCUUCCAAAUGACAUCACUUCACGGUAGUUGCCCAGUAAUAAGAGGAGAAAAAUGGGUGGCCACCAAGUGGAUCAGGAAUAUAGAACAGGACGAGUAAAUGCCUGUACAAUAAAGUGUUGUUCAUUAUGUAUUUCUAGUAAUUUAACCUGAGUGAAGAAAACAGUUUUCGAGUUGAUAGAUUUAUAUAAUGUGAAUUUAUUGUAUCCUUUCCAGUUCUUCAUUUUCCA